AGCCCAAGCAGCGUAUGAGCUGGUCCACGGAGUCCCAGUAAGCAUUCGAGAUGCCCGAUGCAGCCGCCCACCUGCCCUUCUUCUUCGGCAGCAUCUCCCGGUCGGAGGCUGAGGAGCACCUCAAGCUGGCCGGCAUGGGGGAUGGCCUCUUCUUGCUGCGCCAGUGCCUGCGCAGCCUGGGGGGCUACGUCCUCUCCAUGGUGUUCAACCUACAGUUCUACCACUACCCCAUUGAGCGGCAGAUGAAUGGCACCUAUGCCAUUGCGGGGGGCAAGGCGCACUGCGGGCCUGAGGAGCUCUGCGAAUUCUACUCCAAGGAUGCCGACGGGCUCUGCUGCACCCUCCGCAAGCCCUGCACCCGCCCCAGCGGCGUGGAGCCCGAGUCCGGCAUCUUUGACAACAUGAGGGACAACAUGGUGCGCGAAUACAUCCGGCAGACCUGGAAACUGGAGGGGGAUGCCCUUGAACAAGCCAUCAUAAGCCAGGCCCCGCAGGUAGAGAAACUCAUUGCUACCACUGCCCAUGAAAGCAUGGCCUGGUACCACGGCAACGUCUCCCGGGAGGAAGCUGAGCGCAGGCUCUACUCUGGGGCACAGCCUGAUGGGAAAUUCCUGCUGCGACAAAGGAAAGAAAACGGCACCUACGCUUUGUCCCUUGUCUAUGGGAAAACGGUGUACCACUACCGCAUCGAUCAGGACAAGUCCGGCAAGUACUCCAUCCCCGAGGGAACCAAGUUUGACACGCUCUGGCAGCUCGUGGAGUACUUGAAACUCAAAGCAGAUGGACUGAUAUAUAACCUGAAGGAAUGCUGCCCUAAUCCCAGCACCCCAACAGGCACUGUAGCACCGGUCCUACCAGCCCACCCCUCCAUGACCGUCCAGAGGCAGUUUUCAAGCCUCAAUGCAGAUGGAUACACACCAGAGCCCAUAGGCGCUGGGAAAUCACGCGUCCUGCCCAUGGACACCAGCGUCUACGAGAGUCCCUACAGUGACCCCGAGGACCUGAAGGACAAGAAGCUGUUCCUGAAGAGGGACCACCUGAUGAUUGAUGAAGUGGAGCUGGGGUCAGGAAACUUCGGCUGUGUCAAGAAGGGAGUUUACAAAAUGCGGAAGAAGCAGAUUGACGUGGCCAUCAAAGUCCUCAAGAGCAACAAUGAGAGAGCUGUGAAGGAUGAAAUGAUGAAGGAGGCAGAGAUCAUGCACCAGCUGGACAACCCAUAUAUCGUCCGCAUGAUCGGGGUCUGUGAGGCGGAGUCCCUGAUGCUGAUUAUGGAGAUGGCCUCGGGUGGGCCACUCAACAAGUACCUGUCUUCCAAGAAAGAUGAGAUUCCAGUGAGCAACAUUGUGGAGCUGAUGCACCAGGUGGCCAUCGGGAUGAAGUAUCUGGAGGAGAAAAAUUUUGUCCACAGAGACCUGGCAGCCAGAAAUGUCCUGCUAGUCAACCAGCACUAUGCCAAGAUCAGUGAUUUUGGACUCUCCAAGGCUUUGGGUGCUGAUGACAGCUACUACAAGGCCAGGACAGCUGGAAAGUGGCCGCUGAAAUGGUAUGCACCAGAAUGUAUCCUCUACCACAAAUUUUCCAGCAAGAGUGAUGUGUGGAGUUACGGCGUGACCAUGUGGGAGGCUUUCAGCUACGGGCAGAAACCAUACAAGAAAAUGAAAGGCCCAGAGGUGAUGAGCUUCAUUGAGCAGGGGAAGCGCAUGGAGAGCCCAGCAGAUUGCCCACCGGAGAUGUACUCACUGAUGCAGCAGUGCUGGACCUUCAAGUGGGAAGAUCGCCCAGGGUUUGUGACUGUCGAAACCCUAAUCCGUUCCUACUACUACAGCAUCGCCGCCAAGACGGAAAAAGGGCCCAACCUGGAAGACAAGACAUGCGCAGCCUUCCCUUGAGCCUCCUCCCUCUGCCCCUCAGCACGUGCUCCCUCUUGUACUGGUCUUUCUGGAUGGGCGCUGGAGCUACUGGUUUGUUUCUCUCACUGAUUCUUUGGAAAUUCUCCAGCCGGCUGCGAUGUCAUGGGACACAAGACCCUCAAGGGAACUCAAACACAGCUCGCAUCUUAGGCCACAAACAGCAGCCGGGAUUGACAGGCUGGCACGUUUGAGGGACGGCACAGAACAGUGUUGCAGCCGGGUCCUACAAGCUGCCAGACCGCCCCCGUCUUGGCACUUUGCCCCGCAGCAUCCUUCCCAAGGGUCCGCCAUGCUGGCUCCCAGCUCUGCAGCACGUCAGAUGUCUCCAAGCUUCCCCGGGGAAAGCUUUGCAUCUGAUGGGCAGCUAAGUUCGCCCUCCCAGGAAGCAGCUGGCAUACAGCACCCCGCUCGCUGCCCUGGUUCCCAAGGGCGCAGGGCUGGGCACGCUGGGCACCUUUCCCCUUGCACACCUGCUUGUGCUGGUGAUGCUUUGGGGAAUGCACGCCAUACCCUGGCGGGGAGGACAGCGGUGGCUGCUCUAGUGCAUGCCUCCCAGCACUGCAAGGGGCAUGCUGCUUGCUGCAGCCCUCUGGAAGGAAAUGCUCUGCUGUGACUGGCCAUGGCAUCGCUCACCAAACCCAUGAACUUCUGUGCACCAGCUAAGCUGCAAGCCCCUAGCCCCCUUUGCUCACCUCCUGGGUCCCUCCUGGAAUUGCCCUGCGCCCUCGCACCCUGUCCUGGGCCGGGCACCUCUCUCUGUGGUUGAAAAAUCCAUUGACCCUACAAAUAAACCAGUCUUAUUUUGU